UUCAGUAUCUACUAUCUGAUCAGUAAAGUUUAGUGAACGUGUGAAUUGAUGAUCUUGCUCCUGCAAGGAAUUCAUUAUGAUUCAGCCGAAACAUUACCUACACAUACAUACUAUUCACAUCGAGAUUCCUCCACCUUCACCAUUCAAGCAGGCCAAGCGCGUUUUUAUCUUUCUUUGGACACGAAUUCUUGCUCCCGGACACGGUCCAAAGAGCCUCGUGGUGAAAUCAACCAAUAUCAAGACAAUAAAAGUCCGAUAGAUUCCAUAAGGAUUCACAGUUUCUUGCCACGCUUUUACUUUUCUCCUCACUUCCAUCCAUUAACGUCUGGACUACCAAUAGACUGAACGAGAACCUCUUCGUGUUCGUUACAAUUAACAUGGCAGACACGGCCCCGCGCCAUAAGGCCCAAGGAGUCGCAGUCAUGUUAUUGGUUGAUAACAGCCGAUUCACAGAAAUUGCUUGGUCUGAUCUUCGUGAUCUGUAUCUUCCCUCAUUGUUUGAAAAACUUAGCUCUGUUCAUGCGUCUGCAUCGAUUACAACUUUCGUUCAGGAAUGUUGCUCUAAUGGAUACAUGGAUGAAAUUUCGCCGCUAACCCCGCGAAAGUAUCAUAAAUUUCAAGAUGCCAUCCGGGACCUGCGCUUCAAUCCUGUGUCGACUUACGGAUUCACAGGCCAGUUGAUACUUGAGACCAUUAAAUUUCUGUCCGCUACUGCCGCAUUGGCUCGACAUAUCGUCAUAUUAGGAUCUAGCCCACUGCAGAACAAAAAUUCGAGCAUCGACUGGCAUCGCUUAGCUCAAUCUUUAGCUACGGGCAGCAUAUAUUGCCAUCUCAUGUUACACGCCCACGCAGCCGGUCCCACGGACCCUUUGAGCCUGAUGUUCGAUGAAACGCUUCGUUUACAGAGAUCAAUAGAGGACAAUGCAUGGUUCACCGACAACAAAUCGCAAAUAGUCUUGCGAUUGACAUCUGUACACACACAGACACCUCGACUUGAAGUCACCCCCUUCAAGGUGAUAUCUCCCUUGACACCCUCGCGACAAGGACUGUUACCUGCUCCUUCAACCCACUCUGUUCCAUCGGCGUCUAACCAGUCGAUGCAUGUACCAACCCCGCAUAUUCCUGCCUCUGAUGAAGAGCUUCCGAGUAUCGUCACACAGCUUCAACAGAUGCACGGUUUGACCAAGAAAAAGGUGUACGGAACGAAACCAAAGCGAUUGCCAUUCGUCUCCUCUGAAGUGUACCGAGAAUCGUCACGCAAGGCUGCAUCGUUAUCGCCUGUUUCGCCUUCUGACACCCAUCACGGUGGUCGGGUCACUUCUCCGUCUUUGAUCGACCGAACCACUCGUGUACAUCAGAAUGGGUCUGUGUUACCACACCCAGGCAUUGCGCGUUCGUCAGCGGACGUUGGAUCGAGUGGCUCGACAUCUGUGUUUCAUUCCGCGCCUUCAUACCGGCUACCGACGAUGACGAUGUCCGUUCCUUCCUCCCCCGUGUCAACCCGCCCUCCUUUCUACUUAGACACGCCCGAAGUAUCACCUCGAACCACGUACCAUCAGCCACAAUCUUCGUCCAUAAUGACUGCAUCUCAGCCACACGCUGUUCAUAAUUCGGCAAGCUAUUUCACCGAAGACAAAACAAUCAAGGCAUAUUCACGAGGUGAUGGUGGCGCUUUGUCUACCCAAGUCGAAGGUCUCUCUCUCAAAAAUCAAAAUCAGAAUUCAUCGAUUAAUGCGACAGCAAGCUAUUCAGUUCCUCGUUCAGUAUACCGGGACGAGCUUUUAUCACAUUUGGGUGGACCCUCGGUCGGGUCUACAUCAUCUGACCACCUCUUUACACAAGAUCCGAGCUCAGAAUCGACACCUUACGCCGAAAAUGCUCGAAAGAUAGAAUCCUAUCCACCUUUAAGCCAGCCUACUCCAUGGCACGCGCCUUACGACUCUCAAUACGACCUCCCCUCCAACCAGAUCUCUACGAUAAGCCAAUACGGCAUGACAUCUGGACAUUCAACGGCCUCUUCAUAUCCUUCAUCCCCUGUAUCCUCUAAGAGUAACUCCCUAACGGGGUGGGCAGGUUGAUGUGGAUACGCCUGCAAAACUUUGUUUCUUCCAAUUCCGCCAUUUCUUUGUACAGUACAUUAGUUUGUACUACUAGGUUUAUGGGACUUUGUAGCUGGUAAUUAGUAUCGCUCAACGAUAUUUUUAUCAGACCACGAGA